UGAACUACCUAAGAUUGUGUCUAAAGAAGAGAAGCAUUUCGUCUGGAAAGAUUCAAUUUUUUUAUGAUUCCAAGAACAAAUCUGCUGCCAAACGCUCGACGCGCAUGAAAAUUCCCGUAUUUAUUGUUACAAUACCGACGGAAACGCGAUGGGAGUGGUCACAUUCGGCAUCAUAAUCGCCAUCAUCGUCCUGUUCUUCGCCAUCGUCUGCUUCAUCACCAUCGAAGGCACCUGCAAACGCCGCUCCACGUAAAACCCCAAGAGAAACCACGUUCGACCCACGAAUCCGUUUUGGCUCAAAUCCAAAACCCUAUUCAAGAACGCCAGAACCCAGUUCAGGUUUCGUUCGAAUCCAAGCAUGGGAUCGUGUAGGCUGAGCGGUUUCGCGACGUUACUGUUCGCGGUCAUUUCCGUCCUGUGCUUGGAUCUGUGUUUGGGGCAGGAGGGGAGUUGUCCACAUUCUGGGUUUUCUACCCCUGCACCGCCGGUGCACAGUUGUGGCGAUCACGACCACGACCACGACCACGACCACGACCACGACCAUCGUCAUCAUCAUCAUCAUGACCAUGGCCAUCACCAUGAAGAGAAAGGUGGGAAGUUGAAGCUGCCCGAGGAGCUGGCAGAGGAAGAGGACCUGAAGCUCUAUGGAUUUGGUCCUCAGUAUGGUCAUGACCAUGACCAUGACCACCACCACCACCACCAUCAUCACUUGGAUGGGCAGUCUGGUGAAUCGGAUCUCUCUGGUCUAGGUCUAUGGGUUCAUGCCUUGGGUUGCUCAUUGUUGGUUAGCAUGGCUUCACUUAUUUGUUUGAUCAUAUUGCCCCUAAUGUUUGUGCAAGGGAAGCCGUCUAAGGCAGUUGUUGAUUCAUUGGCAUUAUUUGGGGCAGGUGCAAUGUUAGGAGAUGCUUUUCUGCACCAGCUUCCACAUGCUUUUGGGGGUGGGCACUCACAUUCAGAUGAUCACAGUGUAGACCUUUCUCAUCUACCUCAUUCUGGACAUGAACAUCAUCACAGUUUGAAGGAUCUCUCUGUUGGAAUGUCCAUUCUGGGUGGAAUUGUGCUUUUUCUUCUUGUAGAGAAGCUUGUAAGGUAUGUUGAGGAAAAGUCUCGAGGGACAAAUGUAUUCAAUCACGGACAUCAUCACCAUCAUCAUAAGAGUAGUAAAAAGCUGAAUGAUGAAAAAGAUUCAGAUGACCAGUUGCACUCACAGUUGUCAGAUGGAAAGAGUGAAGGGAAAAAGGUUGACAAAGUUUCCGAUGAUUCUUUGGAUGGAGAUAAUAUGGGUCAACUUGAAUCUCUUCGGAAGAGAAAAGUUAUAGCUUCUGUGGCAGAUGGUAAACCAGAUGAAAAUAUGGUGGAUGACCUCUCCAAUGCUCAAAUAUCGUUGAAGGAAAAAGAUGCAGCUCAAUCACCUUCGAAUCUUGUCUUUGGUUAUCUUAACCUCUUCUCCGAUGGUGUUCACAAUUUCACUGAUGGCAUGGCCUUAGGAAGUGCCUUCCUUCUCUAUGGUUCUGUUGGUGGAUGGUCCAGAACUCUGUUUUUGCUUGCUCAUGAGCUUCCUCAAGAGGUUGGUGAUUUUGGAAUUUUAGUAAGAUCGGGUUUUAGUGUAUCAAAAGCCCUCUUCUUCAAUUUUCUCUCUGCCCUGGUCGCUUUAGGAGGAACUACACUGGCUUUGCUUUGGGGACAAGAGCCGGGGCAGUCAUCAUUGAUUGAGGGGUUCACGGCCGGUGGUUUUAUAUACAUUGCAGUAGCUGGAGUACUCGCAGAAAUGAAUAGCAGCGGGCAUGUAACGUUGAAAAGUACAUUAGUUCAGGUUGCAUGAUGAACAGAGAAUUACAAUUUGCAAAAUUUUGAGAAGCUAGGUCAUAGCAUCAAGCACAAGGCACGUCUUAAGGUCGGUCAUCCAUUAUGCGCCGCCCGUGAAUUGUGACUGCAUUAUGCGGCCGAUAAUGACGGCAAUGUUGGGCAAAACCGUGAGGGAAAGGAUUUCACUUGUUUGAAUAUAGUCAUCAAUGACACGACCGCCUACAUUUACCAGGGAUAGGAGCUUACUCUCCACGGUUCCGGGAAAUGAGUUACAUGGAUACAAGCCAAACAAUCAAUACAUCCAUUGCCUCCCCUAUAUACAUCGACAAUGUGCAAAUGUGGACAAGAAUUGAAGCUAAUUUGUCUGCGAAAGCAAAGGAGCUCCACCCCAAAGAA